AUGGUCACCAUAUGUUGCUCAAGUGACCGCCCAAACAUUAAAAUAGGAGUCAAAAAAAUUAAGUACGCACUCAAUAGCUAUUGUGAUCUUGCUUUCCUCAUCCUGAUGGGCUGGAAGGAUGGUAACCCUCCCCCCCCACCAAAGUUCUUAAUAUUUUUCGACAGCAUUCCGGAUGCUAUCAAUGCAAUUCAAUACCUGCACAAACGCUUACCUCCAGACAUGCAAGAUAAAAUUAAGUGGUUCAACACGGACAUGACAGGAGAGUACAAAGAUACUGAGCUCACAAACCUCAUAUCAGGAGAUACAUGGGGCUACUGCACAACAGAUUCCUUCAGAAUGGGAAUGGACAUUCUCGAUAUCAUGCUUAUUAUCCAAUGGUGA